AGGGUUUAAUUGCUCGAAAUCCGGUAUCGUUGAAAACGACAAACCGAGAAUAAGAACUAUGAUUUGGAAAGAUUCAUACCCAUACUCACCCCACCUUCAUCACGUCUAAGAAGGGACGGAGUGUCAAACGGGUAAUUCGUCCUAUCACCGUUAGUUAGUUGCGCGAAAGGCCUUGGGAGUGGAUCGCAUUCUAAAUCAAAGCGAGUUUAGUCGCUGCUCUGCGAGUGAGGCUGUCGGACCUCCACCACACAAUGAACCAGCUCACGGAGGAUAACGAUGAGCAUGGACGGUCUGACUCAUACCGAGUUGCUACAGUUGGAACCCUUAAUGAUGACAACAAAACUGCUGAUGGAAAGGUCAAGUCCCGGCGAAAGCCCCCUGUAAAGAAGCAGAGGAAAGGAGACUUAGAUGAUUUAAAACAAGAGUUGGACAUUGACCAUCAUAAAAUAUCUGUAGAAGAACUAUACCAGCGAUUCAGCACUCACCCUGAAACUGGACUCACACACGCCAAAGCCAAAGAAAAUUUAGAAAGGGAUGGACCAAAUGCCCUAACACCGCCUAAAACUACACCAGAAUGGGUAAAAUUUUGCAAACAACUGUUUGGCGGUUUUGCCUUACUGCUCUGGGUUGGAGCUAUCCUUUGUUUUAUAGCUUACUCUAUACAAGCGAGUACUGUAGAAGAACCAUCAGAUGAUAAUUUAUAUUUAGGUAUUGUACUGGCGGCUGUGGUCAUUGUGACAGGCAUUUUCUCGUACUAUCAAGAAAGCAAAAGCUCAAGAAUCAUGGAGUCAUUUAAAAACAUGGUCCCACAGUUUGCAACAGUCAUCCGCCAAGGGGAAAAACUGACACUACGAGCAGAAGACAUUGUCCUUGGCGAUGUCGUUGAAGUUAAAUUUGGUGAUCGAAUACCUGCCGAUAUUCGUAUUAUUGAAGCUCGAGGCUUUAAAGUUGAUAAUUCAUCUCUUACUGGGGAAUCGGAACCUCAGAGCAGAGGUGUUGAAUUGACAAAUGAUAAUCCAUUGGAAACAAAGAAUUUGGCAUUUUUUUCAACAAACGCCGUUGAAGGGACUGCAAAAGGUGUUGUAAUCAGUUGUGGUGAUAACACUGUCAUGGGUCGUAUUGCUGGCCUUGCAUCAGGGCUUGAUACGGGUGAAACUCCAAUCGCUAAGGAAAUUCACCAUUUCAUUCACAUUAUCACUGGUGUCGCCGUAUUCCUUGGUGUAUCUUUCUUCAUAAUCGCAUUCAUUUUAGGUUAUUAUUGGUUGGAUGCUGUCAUUUUCUUGAUUGGUAUCAUUGUAGCAAACGUACCUGAAGGUUUGUUGGCCACUGUAACUGUGUGCCUAACACUAACAGCAAAACGUAUGGCCUCCAAAAAUUGUUUGGUAAAGAAUCUUGAAGCUGUUGAAACAUUAGGAUCUACUUCCACCAUUUGCUCAGAUAAAACCGGUACUCUUACACAAAACAGGAUGACCGUCGCACAUAUGUGGUUUGAUAACCAAAUUAUUGAAGCAGACACGACAGAAGACCAGUCAGGUGUACAGUAUGACAGAACGAGCCCUGGAUUUAAAGCCCUUGCCAGAAUAGCAACGCUUUGUAAUAGAGCUGAAUUCAAAGGUGGCCAAGAAGGUGUUCCGAUAUUGAAAAAAGAGGUGAACGGUGAUGCAUCUGAAGCUGCUUUACUGAAGUGCAUGGAAUUGGCUUUGGGCGAUGUAAUGUCUAUCAGACGUAGGAACAGAAAAGUGUGUGAAAUCCCAUUUAACUCAAGCAAUAAAUAUCAGGUUUCCAUUCAUGAAACCGAGGAUCCCAAUGAUCCAAGACAUCUGAUGGUAAUGAAAGGAGCACCAGAAAGGAUACUCGAUCGUUGCUCAACCAUUUUCAUUGGUGGAAAAGAAAAGUUGUUAGAUGAAGAAAUGAAGGAAGCUUUCAAUAACGCAUAUUUAGAAUUGGGAGGCCUUGGAGAAAGAGUAUUGGGAUUCUGUGAUCUCAUGCUUCCGUCUGAUAAAUUUCCUCUGGGAUUUAAAUUUGACUGUGAUGACCCUAACUUCCCUCUCACCGGAAUGAGAUUUGUCGGCCUUAUGUCUAUGAUUGAUCCUCCGAGAGCGGCUGUACCAGAUGCUGUAGCAAAAUGCCGAUCAGCUGGAAUUAAAGUAAUAAUGGUUACUGGUGAUCACCCUAUCACUGCUAAAGCCAUCGCCAAAUCUGUUGGAAUUAUUUCUGAAGGUAAUGAGACUGUCGAAGAUAUUGCUCAAAGACUGAACAUCCCCGUUUCGGAAGUUAACCCCCGUGAAGCCAAAGCUGCUGUUGUUCAUGGAACUGAACUUAGGGACACUGGACCAGAUCAACUUGACGAAAUCCUUAGGUACCAUACUGAGAUUGUGUUUGCCAGGACCUCACCCCAACAGAAACUGAUCAUUGUAGAAGGUUGCCAACGAAUGGGUGCUAUCGUAGCUGUAACUGGUGAUGGUGUGAAUGAUUCUCCUGCCCUCAAAAAGGCUGAUAUUGGAGUUGCAAUGGGUAUUGCGGGCUCCGAUGUGUCCAAACAAGCAGCUGACAUGAUCCUUCUUGACGACAACUUUGCCUCAAUUGUGACUGGCGUAGAAGAGGGACGACUUAUUUUUGAUAAUCUCAAGAAAUCUAUUGCUUACACCUUGACAUCCAACAUUCCAGAAAUAUCUCCUUUCCUUGCGUUCAUUCUUCUUGAUAUUCCACUCCCUCUUGGAACAGUCACAAUUCUUUGCAUUGAUUUGGGAACUGAUAUGAUGCCUGCUAUCUCGCUGGCGUAUGAGGCUCCUGAGUCGGACAUUAUGAAACGACAACCAAGGGAUCCAUACAGAGAUAACCUUGUCAACCGCAGGCUAAUUUCUAUGGCUUAUGGUCAAAUUGGAAUGAUACAAGCCGCCGCCGGAUUUUUUGUGUAUUUUGUCAUUAUGGCAGAAAACGGUUUCCUGCCGAUGAAAUUGUUCGGUAUUAGGAAACAAUGGGAUUCCAAAGCCGUCAAUGAUCUAACAGAUUCCUAUGGCCAAGAAUGGACUUACCGUGAUAGAAAAGCGUUGGAGUAUACUUGCCACACUGCGUUUUUUGUUUCUAUUGUCGUUGUCCAAUGGGCUGAUCUCAUUAUUUGUAAAACAAGGCGUAACUCCAUCUUACAUCAAGGAAUGAGGAACUGGGCUUUGAACUUUGGUUUAGUCUUUGAAACAGCUCUUGCUGCCUUCCUCUCCUACACCCCUGGUAUGGACAAGGGUUUGAGAAUGUACCCAUUGAAGUUCGUUUGGUGGUUGCCAGCGAUUCCGUUUUGCAUCUCCAUAUUUGUAUAUGAUGAAGUCCGUCGUUUCUACCUGCGGCGUAAUCCCGGAGGAUGGUUGGAACAGGAAACAUACUACUAAACAUUGCACACAAUUGCACACCGCACUCACGUAUUGAAUCGCCAGGAAGACGUUUUUUUUGGCAAGUCCUUUUCUCACUUUUUCCACAUUCAAAUUCUAACAGUGACUGAAUAAAAGGGAUGAACGAGGAAUGUUGUUAUAACACACCCCUUCACUUACAACCUUUUUAUUCUAUUACUAUUAGAACCUCAGUAUAAAAAAGUGAAAAAAGGGCUCACAAGAAAACCACUUUUUGGAAAUUCAAUAUAUAAGUGUGGUUUUUAAAAUACAAAAAAAAGUAAAAGGAAAAUACAUAUUUACUAGGUUAAUUGUUGAUUCCUUUUAUAAAUGCGGGAAAUAACUGUUAUAGGUGAUUUAAAAAAAUAAAAAAAUGUAAAUGUCCACCCCUUUUGGGUUUGGGAGAUCCUUUUAAUGACAAAUACUUAUUAAAUUAUUGAUUAAUAUAUCGAUUUAUAAAUAAUAUAUAUAAAUACAAAUUGUAGUAUAACCACAAACUAUUCACAUGGACCUCUGUUUAUAAUAGUAAUGUUAAACUAGUUCGUUAAAGGAAAAUUAUUUAAGUAUGUUAUAGUAAGUGUUGAGAGGAUAAGUAGAAGUUGGGGGGUCACAAUUGUUCAAUGGAGGGGGCUUAAAUGCGCUACUGCUCAAUAACUAGAAUUAAUGUUUAACCCAAAACCUUAUUUGGGCCAUUACCAUUCAUCAGUUAUUUUCUUUUCAGCAUUUAUAACUAUGUAUUAUUAAAUUAUUUAAAUAUAAAUUGUGAUAAAAUCACCUGUAGUUAUAUUUGGUGCUAAGAAAAUAAUGUUCAAACCUCAGCUGCUGCUCUGCUGACAUUCCAUUACUGUUGCCUUGCAGCUGCUUUUUAUGUGGCUUGUAUGCACUCAGCCCCCUCUUAUCCCACCAACAUUGCUUCAGUCGUACUAAUUUGAUAGCAGGUAGAAUUUAGAUUUAUAUAUAAAUAUAUAUUUAGGUUAGUUUACCACAUUGUUAUUAAACAUUCACUGUUCAUUUUAUUAGAGUUGAGUAAUUACGGUGGGUAGACGAAAAAGAGUUUACUUAUAAAUGCACAGUUGUCAUGUUUGUAUAUAUAUAUUAUAUAUAAAAUUUUAAUAAGAAGAGGUUUAAUAACGAAUCCUCUUUUGUGGUGGGUUGUGCACGCAUUUACAUACAGUACAGGCACAAAAAACAAACUCAACUGACACAAUCAUCUCGAGUGUAGGUUGUUCAUAACAAAUCAAUUAAAAAAAAAAAAAAAAUACCCAAAUGUGGACCUUUUAAUGGAAAAGUAUAUUAUAAGAAUUUUAAAGAAAUACCCACCAAUAACCAACCAAUAGCUUUUUUGUUGGCUUUCCCUAAACUUUAGUUACAUCUUAGUGACAAUAACUUCUUUCUUUUUUCAUGUUUUCAGUAAGUUUUAGUAUAGCAUUAUGUGAACUCAAAAAAACUGCCACUUUUAUUGUUUGCGUAUGUUUUGCCAAGAUGCCAUUAUAAGAAUUAAAAAAAUAAAAUAAAAAAUAUAAAAAAAAAUUUAAAUUUAUAGGAAAAUGUUUGUAUUUAAGUCAUAAUGUGAAUGUUUAUGUUGAUGGUAUAUCCGGGAACAUGUAAUAAUAUUGAUUGAUACAUUUGGGGCAGAUGUGUAAAAAUAAAUGUUAAGUCUGUAGGCAAUAAUAGAUAUUUGGCUUUGUUAUGAUAGCUGUUUUAAGAAUCUUCAGCGAUAUUUUCAUAGUGUACCUAUUAAUACUAAGCCUUCAUUCAUUCUUUAUUAUUUUUUAUUUUUCAGUAUUAUUGAGUGUAAUGUUUUAUAUCUAAUUUUGUUUAAACUUUUAUAUUCAGAUUCUACAUAUAUUUUAUGAAAGAUUGACACAAAUUGGCAUUACGGUCAUAAAUAUUGUUUUAUUUGUUGUGGAAAAUAAAGUUAUUUGUUUAAAAAAAAAAAAAGAAAGAAAAAAGAAAUCGGGUUAAUUAUUAAGUGCAUUUGUUUGUCCCUUCUCAUUGUCAGAACUUUUUGCAUAAAAGUACAAGUUUUUAAUUGUAUAUAAAAUCUAAGUUCAACUGCUCUAUAAUGUGGUUAUGUAUAGUUAAAUUUAUGAAUUUAGUUUUAUAUCAAUUAAUCAAAGACUACCUUUUGUAGGACAAAAAAUUAGCAUUUAAAUAAAAUAAAUCAGAACUGACGAUUUAUUUAUGGUUAAUAUAGGUAUUUAUUAAAAUAAGACAUUUUUGUUUAGUAAAACUUCAUAAUAGACACUCGAAAAAGAAAGCCUUUAAAUAAAUGUGAUUAGUAUUGUUUGAAAUAAUAGUUACUUAUUGUGUUCAAUGCAACCACCUCACUGCAUUUAUCAUUUAUUAAUUCACAACUUAAGAUCAUAUCCACAAAAAAAAAUUGCUAGUACUAAGCACAACUGAUGAAAUUUCAGUGGAUUAUCUUAACUAUUGUAUGCUUUAGUCCAUCUAGUGUGUCAAACAUUUGACAAUAACAUCAAAGAUAAAGCAGUAAUAAAAUUGAGUAAUUUAUUUGGUGCGUAAAACACCAAUAAUUAAAAUGUAGAAUGUGAUAAAGGCUCAAAUAAAAAUAGAAAACUUA